AUGGCACCUGAUAAAGGGCACCAAGAGAGUGAAAGACAAGGCCAACUGGACGACUUGGUCUACAGAAUCCAGAAGGGCCAGAGAACAAAAGCCAAAGUGGUCCAUCAUGACAAACUGAAGCCUUAUCAUUCUAGGACACCCCUAGAUAAUAGCUGGGUCCCUCAAAGUGCAGAGGAGUGGGCACCAGUGGAGGUCCCCUCUCCAACGCAUGACAGCUCCAACGACGCAGACAUCGGUCCCCUCAACCUGUGGGACACUGAGACCGAGGCUACUGCAGGGGAGGCUCUCCACUCCACACGGCCAGUUCCACCGAGUCACGGACAGUCUCCUGAGGACUUAACAUUGCCACAACGGGACGAGGCCAGGGCGCAGGAUCCUGGUGGGGCACGUGUUCAAUGCCUCCCCCCAGCCUCCAGUCCAUGUCAGAGACCCCGGAGGGUCUGCAAGGUUCCAGACCGGCUUGCGGCAAAGGGACAGGAGCUCAGGAUUGUACUUGUUGGGAAAACUGGAGUUGGGAAGAGCGCAGCAGGAAACACCAUCUUAGGGAGGAAGGCUUUUAAAUCUCAGCUGUCUCCGUCCUCAGUGACAACAAAGUGUCAGAAGGAAACAGGAGAUGUUGCUGGUCGAACACUGGCUGUUGUUGAUACUCCAGGUCUGUUUAAAACCGAAAAAACUAACGAGGAGGUGAAGAGAGAGAUCGCUAAAGCCAUCUCACUUGCUGCUCCUGGUCCUCAUGUGUUCCUGAUCGUGAUCCAGUCGAAUAGAUUCCCUGAAGAAGAACGAAAAACAGUGAAAAUCCUUCAGGAGAUGUUUGGAGAAAAGUCAAGAAACUACACUAUGGCCUUGUUCACCCAUGGAGACGCCCUGAAGGAGGACGGAGUCUCCAUAGAGACAUUCAUUAGUGAGAAUCAGCCUCUCCGUGACUUCAUCAGUCAGUGUGAUGGAGGUUACCAUGUGUUUGACAACAGAGACAAGAAUCUCCUUCAAGUCACUGAGCUGCUGAAAAAGAUCAACAUUAUGGUUCAGAGUAAUGGAGGAAGCUGCUACACCAAUGAAAUGUUCAAAGCAGCUGAGAGAGCCAUAAAAGAAGAAAUGGAACGUCUGAAGAGAGAAAAUCCAGAUAUUGAUCAGGAAGAAGCGAGAAGAAAGACAGAGGAAGACAAUUCCUUUAUUAAAGUGGUUCUAAUGGGAGCUGCUGCUGGAGCUGCUGCUGGAGCUGCUGCUGGAGCUGCUGCUGGAGCUGUAGUGGCAGGUUUAGUUGGAGGUGUGGGGGGAGCUUCAGUGGGGGGUCCAGUGGGAGCUGGAGCAGGAGCUGCAGCUGCGGCAGUGAAGAAGAAGGCCUGCAUCAUACAGUGA